AUGAAAAACCGUAUAAGGAUCAUUGUUUGUACUUUCAUAACACUUCUAGAGAUUAAAAUAACUUAUUCUUCAUCAACAACUUUGCGUACCGUUUGCCAUGUGUGCAAGCCUUAUCCCUUCUAUCCAUGCGGUAGGCAUGAAGGUCAAAAGUAUUACGCGGAAUGUCCUGAAUAUGUCUGGCAGAGACCAAAAUGUAGAUGGAUGUGUCAACUUGAUUAUCCUAUUCCGUACAAGAAGGACAGAGUAUACGUAGACUACAUGUAUUCACUGAAAGCUAACGAAAAAACAAUCAGGAAGGAUAUUAUGAGAAAUGGACCUGUCGAAGCCACACUGGAAAUUUAUGAGGAUUUCAAAUAUUACAAGCAUGGAAUCUAUCGGCACAGUGCUGAUACGAUUAUUGGUAGUCAAUCAGUCAAAAUUCUUGGAUGGGGUGUUGAGAAUGGAACUGAUUAUUGGAUUGCUGCUAACUCUUGGAAUACGGACUGGGGCGAAAAGGGUAAGUCUUCUAGGACAGAAUAUGUGGAAAUUACAGAAAAUCUCUGCCACAAAAUUUCAGCCCGCCUAAAAUUUUUAUCUGCUUCACUUAUAAGUCCCCCUCCGAGCAGUAAAUUGCACUCUUUUGAUUCUUCCAGCUACUUUGCGCAGCUUAUAUACAAUAACGUCAUAACUUCUGCAAAGUGAUU